AUGGCAGCUGUGCCAUUUUUAACGCAAAAUAGCUAUGAAAUGUCCGAAGCAUUGGUAUCAAUGACGACGAUAAAUGUUGAAAUUUCGGACAAUUUAAAAAGGAUUGACCAAUGGGAUUGGCCACUCAAUAAGAAUGACGGCAAAGUAAAAGUCGUUAACACAGCUGAAAAAUUUGAAGUCGUUCUCGAAGCCGUGUAUUUUCAACCGAAGGAUAUCGAAGUUAAAGUAAUCGGUGAUCAAUUAGUUGUCCGUGCUUCAGAGAACCAAAAGAAGGAGAAAUCGGUGAAAUUAGACGAGAAAUUAGUCGAAGCUACAAUCUGCCCUCAGACAUAG